AAAUAUUUCAUAUUUGAAGUGUGUACAGUGUGAUGUUAACUGUUGACCCGACAAGAAGUAGUAAACUAUGACCAGAUCAUUUUAUCACAUUACUGAACAAUUAGGUAGAGGUACCUUUGGAACCAUCUACCUCUGCAAAAAAACUCCAUAACCGACAAUCAUUCGUUAUGAAGCAAAUUCCGUUCGAAUUGAUGGGGGAUGAUUUGAAGAAAGCAAAAAACGAAGUAGACAUCUUAAGGUGCUUGAAUCAUCCGAACAUCAUUCAGUAUUUAGACAGUUAUACUUUGGACCGAAAAUUCAUAAUUGUUAUGGAAUAUGCUGAGCAUGGAACUCUACACGACUGUAUUGCGAAACUAGGAACCACAAAUGCAUAUUUAGAGCCGCAGGCUGUUAUGGACUUCUUCUGCCAAAUUGUUUUAGGACUGCAUCACAUUCAUAAUAGGGGCAUCAUACAUAGGGACUUGAAGUGCGAAAAUAUAUUUAUUACCGGGAUUAAUGCGAAUGUUAUCAAAAUUGGGGAUUUUGGAAUAUCGAAAUUGCUUUCAAAAAAUUGUUUUACCAACACCGUAAUUGGAACCUGCAACUAUGCAGCUCCAGAAAUUUGCGAUGGAAAACCGUACAACACGAAAUCAGACAUUUGGGCUUUAGGAUGCAUUUUAUUUGAAAUGUGCCAAUUAGAAAAAUUAUUUGAUGGAACGGUAUCAAAUGUAGUUCUGUCGAUUGCUGGUGGAAAAAUUAGGCCCAUAAAUACCCGAAUAUAUGGAAAACAAAUGCAAGAAUUGUUAUAUUUAUUGCUAAAACCAGAUCCAACUCAAAGACCCGACACUCUAAUGAUCAUGACUUUGGGCGAUGUUUUCCCAUCAUUAUACUGUCUGUCCCUUAAUUUAGGUUGUAUUUUUUGAUUAUGUGAAUUAUUUUAUUGAUGACUUUUGAUUUGUUUACGUAAUUUUUUGUAUGUGUAUUUUUGUUUCUGUAGUUGGUAGUUAAUUUUUAAAGUUGUUUUUGAAAUUACAUAUAAAACAUAAUAUAUCAUACAAAUUAUUUAAGAGGAUUGAGAAUAUUGCAUGUGAAUUAAACAUUAUAAAAGUACUGAUUAAAUUAUUUGCACGUG